AUGAAAAUAAUUCUAAAUUUGUUUUUUGUGGUUUUAUGUUUAUUAACCAGUCAUGCUUUCUAUUUACCUGGUUUAGCACCAAAUAUCUAUUGUCGUAAACCAAUAGCAGAUUCAAAAUGCAAAACUAAAGUUGAUGUCUUUGUCAAUCGACUUGAUUCAGUUGAAUCUGUUUUACCAUAUGAAUAUGCAUAUUUUGAUUUUUGUACUAUUACUGAUGAACCGUCACCAGAAGGAAAUCUUGGUCAAGUUCUAUUUGGUGAACGAAUACGUCCUUCACCAUAUAAAUUUAAUUUUCUUAAAGAUGUCGAUUGUCAGUUUGUAUGUAAAAAGAAAUUUACAUCAACUGAUGAGAACGAACAAAAAUUUCUUAAACGUUUAAUGAAAGGUAUGACUUUAAAUUAUCAACAACAUUGGAUAAUUGAUAAUAUGCCGGUUACAUUAUGUUAUUCAAAUGCUGAAAGCAAAGAAUUUUGUUCACGUGGAUUUCCUAUUGGUUGUUAUGUAACAAAACGAGGACAAUCAAGAGAAGCAUGUAAUAUUCAUGAUGGAAAAAAUGAUACAUUUUAUGUAUUUAAUCAUUUGGAUUUUGAAAUAACUUAUCAUAGUGGAGAAGGUGAAUCAUGGGGAGAAGCUUUUGGAGAAGAUGGUGGUCGAAUUGUUGCAGCUAAAGUUCAAGUUAGCAGUUUGAAUUCAGCGACUUGUACACGUGGUGCUGGACCUGUCAUGUUUCAUUCAACUGUAAAAGAUAUAGAAAUUCCAUUUACAUAUAGUGUUAAAUUUAAAAAAAAUAAUGAUAUACGAUGGGUUAGUCGAUGGGAUUAUAUACUUAAAUCAUUGCCACAAACACGUAUUCAAUGGUUUUCGAUAUUUAAUUCUCUUGUCAUUGUUCUUCUUCUUUCCGGUAUGGUUGCUAUGGUUCUUUUACGUACAUUAUGUAGAGAUAUUGCACGUUAUCAUGAACAUAUGUAUACUAUUAACGAAGAUGAUAUGCAAGAAGAAUUUGGAUGGAAACUAGUUCAUGGUGAUGUAUUUCGACCACCACGUUAUGGUCUACUGUUAUCUGUUCUUAUUGGUAAUGGUAUACAAAUUGCAAUUAUGUCUUUAAUAACUUUGAUUUUUGCUUGCCUUGGAUUUCUUUCACCAGCACGUCGAGGUGCUUUAAUGACAUGUGCUAUUAUUUGUUAUGUUCUUUUGGGUACAGCAGCUGGUUAUACUUCAGCUCGUUUAUAUAAACUAUUUGGUGGUGAAGAUAGGAAAAAAAAUGUUAUGAUGACAGCACUUGCAUGUCCUGGUGUUAUUUUUGGUAUUUUCUUUAUUUUAAAUAUUAUCCUUUGGGCAAAUGGUAGUUCAGCAGCUAUUCCAUUUACAACAUUUAUAGCAUUACUUGCUUUAUGGUUUUGUGUAUCAACACCUCUUGUAUUUCUCGGGGCUUUUCAUGGUUUUAGAUCUCCGACUCCAAGACAUCCAGUUCGAGUUAAUCAUAUUCCACGACAAAUACCCGAACAAACAAUGUAUACAAAACCUAUACCAGGAGUUUUAAUGGGUGGUGUUCUUCCAUUCGGUUGUAUUUUUAUUCAAUUAUUUUUUAUCUUAAAUAGUAUCUGGGCACAUCAAUAUUAUUAUUUCUUUGGAUUUUUACUUGUUGUUUAUAUAAUUUUACUAUUAACAUGUUCUGAAACAACAAUUCUUCUUUGUUAUUUUCAUUUAUGUGCUGAAGAUUAUAAUUGGUGGUGGCGUUCAUUUUUUACAUCGGGUUUUACAGCUGUUUAUUUCUUUUUAUAUUCAGUUUAUUAUUUUGCAACUAAAUUAGAAAUAUCUGAUGGUACAUCAACAUUUCUUUAUUUUGGUUAUACAUUAAUGUUAACAUUUAUUCUAUUUUUAUUUACCGGUACAAUUGGUUUUCUUGCUUGUUUUUGGUUUGUUCGUAAAAUUUAUUCUAUUAUUCGAGGAGAUUAA